AUCAGUUGUUCACAUUCUAACAGUAGUGCUUACUGGGCUGGUAGUUGGGAAAACCAGCAUUUUGAUGGCACAAACGACAUUGUGAUAGAAGCCAUUCACUAAUUUCAGACAUUUUAACCACUGACCAAAAUGAUUCUGACUAAUUUCUAGCUCAUACAUGCACUUUCUGUGUGUUUUUUAAGAGCCAAGUCCACACAGUGUGCAGUAAACAGAGCAAAUCUUAAUCAAGCACAUAUUUAGCAGGACUAUUCUGCCAUCAAAUCUUCUUGAGACACAUUUUCAAGUUACUUGACAGGGAGGUUGAUCCAGACAUCUUGCAGGAUUUAUGUGAUCCCAGACUGUUGAUCUGGAGGUCAUAAUAAAUCUGAAUAAAGUGUGCUGCAGGACUAUUUUUCCUCAUGACUGAAUGCUUGAGGUUGCUGCAGAGUAAUUAUGAUCUCAUGGAAACCUGCUGUGCACAUUUGAUAAAGCCUGUAUUGAUUUCUUCUCAUUUUAGAAUCAAAUUAUGGUGAAAAAUGCGCAAAAUUAGCAGAUAUUCCUGUCGUCCUACAGAAGUUCACUAAAGCCCUUUGAACCUCUGACCUGUGGGGGAAAUUUCCGCUCAGGCAGUUUCCGACCGUCUCUCUUUGAAGGCUACGGGUCCAUUAUUGCUUCAUCCAUGCCAAAGUGGGUAAAUGUUUUCUCUGCCGAUGUGUAUUGCGCAUGCAGAUUCCAUUAAAACCCCUUUAAACAGACCUGCGGCCGCUCCAGGUGCGACGGCUUCACACCUCCGGCGGCCUGCAGACGUCUGAAGUGGCUGCACGGCCGCUGCAGUGCCAGUCGGAGCUGAUGGUCGGACCAUUCACACAUCCACGCCGCUGCACCUUUGAUCGCCGGAGGAUUUAACUCCAGCGAGCCUCAAAAUCCAGCCAGUCCGCGGAGACAAUACAGGGAUCAUGUCUGCAGCUCAUGGGAAUAUGCGCGCUGGGGAUCUGAAUCACUACCAGAUGUACCAUGACGGGCAUCUGCAGAUGAACACUUUGGUGAAUUCAGAUUAUGGAGCCUCAGGUGUGACAGACUUCUUCAACUCAGCAAACUCUGUUCCGAGGGCGGACAAAUGCGUGGCAAUACUGACCCACAGGAGAAAGAGGACCAACUUUACGCAGCAGCAGAUCGAGGUUUUGGAGAAAGUUUAUUCAGACACCAAAUAUCCCGACAUCUACCUGCGAGAGAGACUGGAGGCUCUGACUGGACUACCAGAGUCCAGAAUCCAGGUGUGGUUUCAGAACAGAAGGGCAAAGUCUCGUCGCCAGGUUGGCUCAUCAGUGUCCAUGAAGGCGAGCAACACACCAACAGCUGGACCUUUUGGACAAAUCCAGAGCAGGAUGGGUCCUGAGAAAGUUUUUGACAGCAGCAGCCACAGUGCUGAGGCACACAGGACAGGAGGUUUUGGACUGGAGGACAGUUUCAGGCCUUCACUGCACCCAAACACAGAGGACCCUCACAGGACGGGUCAUCCCAUCAAACCCAGCAGCUACAACCACUCCUCCUCCUCCUCCUGCAUCUACCAGAAGGACGGAACCGAGCCGGAGCAGAUGCAGCGACACAAGCAGAGCGUCGCCGUGCCGAGCUGCGACAUCCGUCUUUACCCCAAAGAGAACGAGCAGAACCCGAAGGUGGAAGCCAAUGUGACCGGGAGCCAGGGUCCGAAGGUCCUGGUGGAGUACGACAACUUCCCACCAAACAAAACCAUCGGACCCGAGAUGAAGGUCGUGAUUCCUCCCAUCCCGGCGCAGAAUAACUUCAGCAGGUCGUCGCCGAAGGACACCGGAUGCCACAUGCAGUAUCCACAGGCGAGGGCUGCAGGGGAGAACUUCAACCCCUUCUCUCCCAUCCACACCUCCAACACUCAGGACUUCACCGACUCGGAGUCCGACUGGGAAAACGAGGCCAUGGCUGGGUUUGGUGGCUUUAUGUGAAACAUCUGAAAUAAAGAAUGUAUAAUAAGACAAUGUGUAUUUAUUGAAAACUAUAACCCUCCUGUCGUCCUGCAGGUCCAAAUUGACCCGUUUUAAAGUUUGAAAAUGUGGGAAAA